AUGAAACUUAGCCCAGUUGUCAUCGUAUCGCUCGCUUGCCUGUUGAGCCUGGCUCAGGCGGAUGUGCAGCAGCGUCGCCGUUAUCAACAACAGCAGCUGCAGCAGCAGCAGCAGCAGCAGCAGGCCGGCUACAAUUAUCAGCCAGCGAGGCAGAGUCAGCAGCAGAGCGCACAGCCAGCGAUCAGCUAUGCAGCACCACAGCAGCUGUAUAGAGCUCCAGCACAAGCGCCUGCUCCUGCUGAGCUGAACUUGGCAGCGCAGCAGCCACAGCAGCUGUACAGAGCUCCAGCAUCAGCGUCCGCGUCUGCGCCUGCUCCUGCAGCGCAGCAGCCCCAACAGCUGUACAGCGCACCAGCGUCGCCAGAGGCAGCUCCAGCACGCCUGCAAGCCAAGCCGGCGCGCCUUACCGCAAACAGUGAGGCCCAAGAGGAUAUCGAUGAUGCCGCCGAGGAAGUGGAGGUGCCCAAGGCAGCGGCCGCAAGCCCAGCUGUUGGUGUUCCACAGCCCGUCGCACCCAUUCCGCCGCCAACCGUUGUAUAUUAUCCUGCAGGCGCCGUUGGAUUUGUGCAGCCCACAGCCUAUGCCAAGUUCAUAGCCGCAGCUCCUCAGGCAGCAACCGCAGCUGCUGCCUACGUGGCCGCGCCUCAAUAUUAUGCCGCCUACUACGGUUAAGGAUAUGCUAAUUUAUCAACGAUAUGAAAUCUAAGAAC